CAGUUCCAAACCACCGCUCACCUCACAGUUCAUGGCCACACCUCGUAACAAAACAAUCAUCAACCCGGACCAUGGAAAUCCUCAUCGUCGGCGCCGGCAUAGCCGGCCUCUCAACAUCCAUCGCCCUCUCCCACGCGCUUAAAAAUGUCGCAUCAUGCCAGCCUCUCAAAAUCAUAGUCCUGGAGUCCGCAUCGGCACUAGCAGAGAUCGGUGCGGGUGUGCAGAUGACUCCGCAGGCCAUCAAAAAUUUCUUCGCCUGGGGUAUGAAAGACGAUCUCCUCUCUUCCUCGGCUAUACCUACAUCUAUGAACGUUCGCCAUGGGCCUAGUGGAGAUAUCAUUGGCAAGAUCCCCAUCGGCGACCUCGAGCAGGAUUACCAAGCCCCUUAUCUGGUGGUACACCGCGCUGUCUUACACUCGAUACUGCACUCGCACGCCCUGAAAGCUGGAGUCGAAGUGCGUACCAACUCCCGCGUCACGGAGUAUGGUUUCGAGACAGCUACCGUCACCCUCGCCGAUGGGACGACGCGGACAGCAGAUCUCAUCAUCGCCGCCGAUGGCAUCAACUCCCUCGCACGCAAGCAAUUCCUCGGUCCAGAUGAUCCAGGGGCGCUCCCAACGGGAUGGGCUGCCUUCCGCAUGAUAUGCUCGGCCGACGCGAUCAAAGCCGAUGCAUCAGUUGCCCCGUUGCUGGAAGGUUAUGGAUCGAACCUCUGGAUUGAUCACAAUGUAUCGUGCAUGACGUAUCUGAUUAAAGAUUCGACGAUGCUCAACAUAGUGCUCUCGCAUCGAGAUGAUGUCGAAACGCAAGACUGGACGCCUGAGUAUCAUAAGACGUAUGUCGAUGGGCUGUUCAAGGAAUUCGAUCCCCGGGUUAAGAAGCUUAUAGACAUGGCGGUGCCGAAGAUCGUGAAUUACCCCGUGUACGCCGUACCCCCACUCAAGAAAUGGAUCCACGAUUCGGGACGGUUUGUGCUACUGGGCGAUGCGACGCAUGCGAUGGCUUUCUAUCUUUCGAUGGGCGUGUCACUGGCUGUCGACGAUGCAGCUAGUUUAGGAGAGGCUUUGCGAUUAGCGCUUUCGGAACCAGAUGUUGUACAGACGAAAGAGGGAAAAUAUGCUCGCAUGAAGAAGGCGCUGCACGUUUUCGAACAGGUGCGGAUACCGCGUGCGUCUUCCAUACAGGCUGCUUCGUUGCAUGCUGGAGGCAUUUUGCACAUGCCACCUGGACCUGAUAGAGAGCUGCGCGACGAGGGACUGCGCCACUGUGAUCAGUACUGGCCAGUUGAACCAGCAUGUGAAGAUGAAAGACGUGACUUCGAGAGAGUAAGGAGCUGUAUGUAUGGCAUUGCCGAUAAGAGGACUCGAGAUUGGUGUUACGGGUAUGACUCCGCUGAUGCGAUUAGAGGAGUGUGGAGAUCGCAAUAACCAGACAAAGCAAGACCACUCUUGCGAGGGUGCAGCUGUCUGAACAGUAUGAGCAUCACCGUGGGUGACGCCAUCGAAAUAACCUGAAGUGAGCGCAGCAAUGGCAUUUUCUUUGAUACUCAUGAGCAACCGAGUGAAUAGACCCUUUUCUGAUACUGGAAAGCCUAGUGCUGACUGGGUUAAGUACCUCG